AUGCCAGGCAGGAUCAUGUGCUCCUUCGGCGUGGACGUCGACGCGGUUGCGGGCUGGCUGGGCAGCUACGGCGGCGAAGACAGCGCCUCCGACGUCAGUCGUGGCCUGUUCGCGGGCGAGGUCGGUGUCCCGCGCCUGCUGAAGCUGUUCAAGAAGCUCAACAUGAAGACGACAUGGUACAUCCCCGGUCACUCGCUCGACACGUUCCCGGACCAAAUGGCCCAGGUGCGCGACGCCGGCCACGAGAUCGGUCUGCACGGCUACUCGCACGAAAACCCGACCUCCCUCUCGGUACAGCAGCAGAAGGACAUCCUCGACAAGACCUUCAAGCAGAUGACCGACUUCCUCGGCCACCCACCCAAGGGCUCCGUCGCGCCCUGGUGGGAAGUGUCUGUCGAAGGUGCAGAGUUGCUCCUCGAGAAGGGAAUCGAGUACGACCACUCGUUCAUGCACCACGACUCUCAGCCGUACUACCUCCGCACGGGCGACACCUGGGUCAAGAUUGACUACAACAAGCCAGCGUCCCACUGGAUGGAACCUGUCAAGCGCGGCGAGACGACGGGCAUGGUCGAGAUCCCGGUCAACUGGGAACUGGACGACCUGCCGCCCAUGAUGUUCAUGAAGACUGCGAAUAACUCGCACGGCUUUGUCGACGUCCGCACCAUCGAGCAGAAGUGGAAGGACCACUUCACGUACCUGUAUGAGAAUGAGCGCGACACCGGCUUCAUCAUGCCCAUCACUGUCCACCCUGAUGUCAGUGGUAGGCCGCACGUCACUCUCAUGCUCGAGCGCUUCAUCAAGUGGAUCAACACCCACGACGGCGUCGAGUGGGUCACCAUGCAGGAGAUCGCAGACGACUUCCGCAAGCGCGUCCCGCCCCCCAAGGGCGCGCGCAUGCCAAAGGGCAUGAAGUAA